AACGUUAUCCGCUUUGCACACCUCUUCUCCCUCCUCGCGGUCGCUCGCCGGCGCCGCUCGCGUUUGCACGUCACGUUGAGUCUGUGUCGCCUCAAGACCUGCCGCGAGAGACCGAGGCGGCGAUGCGGCAGACGGUCGGCGCCUGCAAGGCCCACCACCCUCAGCCGGCCGCGCUGCUGUCGUCGCGGCCGUUGCUCCGGCGAGCGUCCCCUACCCUGCCUGCAGGUCGCUACACCACCGCUCAGCUUGCAGCGAGGGCGGGAGACGAGCUCCGGAGGGCCGGCGCAGUGCCGCGGUUGGUGGUGAGGAGGAGAUGCCAAGAAGAGGAGGAGCAGCAGCAGCAGGAAGAAGAGGAAGAGCAGAGCAAUGGCGGUGGCGGUGGAGCGGAGCAAGAGAGGAUGACAUUUCUCAGCUUGGAAGAGGCCGGGCUGGUGGAGAUGUCCGGCCUCAGCACCCACGAGCGCUUCCUCUGCCGCCUCACUAUUUCGUCUCUGAAUCUGCUGAGAGUGAUCUCGGAGCAAGAAGGCGUCCCCAUAGAGGAGCUGAACGCAGGCCGUGUUUGUGACUGGUUCUUGAAGGACAAGCUCAAGAGGGAGCAGAACGUGGGCACCGCUGUCCUGCAGUGGGAUGACCCUGGUUUCUAGCUCCAUCACAUCAAAAUUCAUCCAUAUCCCAUUCACGGAUGAUAGUGAUCUAGUAAUCGUCUUGCCGGCAUCAUGUCAACACUUCCGAUAGAGCUCACUCUACCAUGUCAAUACAUGUGUAAUGGAGCGUUUCAGUUUGUAAUUUCAUACCCAUUACUCAAGCUUCUUUUCAGCUUGUAUUUUAAUGCCAAUUGCUUAGCCUUUGACCGGCUGCAUC